AUGCUGCUCUGCGUUCUGCCUGUGUCCCCAAGCACCGCGGGGCUCCUCGGGCUCCAGCCCCGUCUCUCUCUGCCUCUGAUGUGGGGCAGGAGGGUACCCAGCCCACCUUCUGUCCCCUGCCCUCCCCGCCGCCGGCCGCCUCGGUGCCCCUCGCCCCUCCCCUGCCCGCCUCCCGCCCGCCCGUUGCCCACCCCCUGCCCGCCGGCGGGGCGGAGCGGAGCGCAGCGGGGCCGGGCGGGCGCCGGCGGCAGCAACGCGGAGGGAGAUGCGGCCAUCCGGUUUUUGGAGCGCAUCGGCACCGACCUGGGCUUGACCUGUCAAAAAGUGGAGGUGUGCCAGGGCCACGUGGUGCUGAUCAUGACCUGGCAGGGCACCAACCCCCGCCUGCGCUCCAUCCUCCUCAACUCCCACACCGAUGUUGUGCCCGUCUUUGAGAAGCACUGGAACUACCCACCCCUGGAGGCUGUUAAGGACUCGCAAGGCAACAUCUAUGCCCGGGGUGCCCAGGACAUGAAGUGUGUCUCCAUCCAGUACCUUGAGGCCAUCCGGAGGCUGAAAGCAGAGGGAAAGUGUUUUGCCCGCACUAUCCACCUCACCUUUGUGCCUGACGAGGAGGUGGGUGGACACAAGGGCAUGGAGACGUUUGUGCAGCGCCCCGAGUUCAAAGCACUCAACGUGGGCUUCACCAUGGAUGAGGGCCUUGCCAGCCCAUCUGACACCUUCAGCGUCUUCUACGGCGAGAAGAGCCCAUGGUGGAUAAAGGUGAAGUGCAUGGGUAGCCCCGGGCACGGGUCCCGCUUCAUCAGCAACACGGCGGCUGAGAAGAUGCACAAAGUCAUCACCUCCUUCCUGGCCUUCAGGGAGAGUGAGAAGCAGAGGCUCAAAUCUGACUCGAGCCUGACCCUGGGGGACGUCACCUCCCUCAACAUGACCAUGCUGGAGGGGGGCGUCUCCUUCAACGUGGUGCCCUCGGAGAUGGCGGCCGGCUUCGACAUCCGCAUCCCCCCCACUGUGGAUCUGAAGGCCUUCGAGGAGCAGGUGGCUGCGUGGUGCCGUGCUGCCGGAGACGGCGUCACCUAUGAGUUUCACCAGAAAUGCAUGGACCAACACAUCACCUCCACUGAGGAGUCGGACCCGUGGUGGAAAGCCUUCAGCGGGGUCUGCAGGGACAUGAAGCUGCAGCUCAAGCUCGAGAUCUUCCCAGCUGCCACCGACAGCCGCUACAUCCGCGCGGCAGGACACCCCGCUAUCGGCUUCUCACCCAUGAACCGCACCCCAGUGCUGCUCCACGACCACAACGAGUUCCUCAACGAGCAAGUCUUCCUGCGGGGCAUCGACAUCUACGCCCGCCUGCUGCCCGCCCUGGCCUCCGUGCCCCCGCUGCCCGCCGAGCACUGAGCACCUCGGCGAGGGGCAGGGCAGCUGUGCUGAGGCUUGAAAAGGGGGCAGAGUGUGGGCACAGCGACUGCUUGCCAGGGUGCCGGGGAGCCAGCUGGCAUCAUCUCACAGUGGCUGUGCUCAGGGCUGGCCCAGUGCCUGUGCCAACUGUCCCGGCUGUACCCUCGAAAUCUGGGUGCCAGCCACCUCCUGGGGGUUGUAUCCCCCUUGCCUUGGUGCCAGCAGAGCCUCGUGCCCAGCUGCCUCCUGCCUUUUCAGGUGUCGGCGGUGCCUCCCUGCGCCGGUGCCACCCCCAGCUGUACUGGCUGUGGAGUAAGGGGCUGGCUAGUGCCCCACUCUGCCUGCCUGCACCUCAGCCUGCCUCCCUGCCCUCUUGCCGGGGCAGCUGGGGCCAGCGGCCCUCGUCCUCCCCGUGCGAGUCAAUAAAUGCCCUUUGUA